AUGUCAGAAUGUAAAAAUUACUGGAGUCUGAACAAUGCUGACAGGAAUAUAAUUUAUGGAAGGCCCAACCGUCAGUGUGACAGCAGUAUCGGCCCUAGAUGGUUUCGUUUUGAAGGGUCCGCCGGCACAAGAAUGCCAACUUCAUGUCCACCUUUUCACAGGUGUAACACUGACUCACCUGGCUGGAUGGAUGGUAGCCACCCUACAGUAGCAGAUGGUCAGGUCAGCAGGCGGGUGUGUUUUCCCUGGAGUAACUGCUGUCACUGGCCAGUAAACAUCACAGUGAGAAAUUGUGGUUCAUAUUAUGUGUACUAUCUUAGUAGUGCACCUAGUUGUUAUCUCCGUUAUUGUGGCACUAACUAA